GAAACGAUGUCGUGUAAUUGAUAAACCCAGGACAAAACCUCAAACAAAGCAGAAAGAUAUCCCAAACUCUCCUCUCCCGUUCUCAGUCGCCGGCUUCCGCUCUUCUCUUCCCCAUCUCUGCUCUCCGUCCGCCACCGCAAAAAGGUGCAAAGUUUAAAUAAUUAGGCAAGUAUGAGCUCAUUUGACAACACUUCGCAUUUCAACAAUCUGCUCCUUCAAACUUUAAUGGGACGUCUCCAACUCAAACCUCCGCCCGCUACUCAAAAUCCGUUGCUCUCGCAGUCUCUUGAGGAUCUUCUGUUUGAUGCUGCUAAUGGCUUGUCUGAUGACUCUGAGGAUGAUAGUUCGGGUUCGAGAACUCAACUCUCGAAGGAAGAGUCAAAACUUGAGAAGGAGAUCAUUCGGGUGAUUCUUUCGGGGAAGAUUGAUUCGUUGAAAGCUAACUCGGGUCAGGCGGUUACGAUUGGUGAACAUCAUAUUUGUGUUGGUUUUCAUGAGGAGAAGGGAUCGGAUUUUCGUGUGUGGGAGUGGCAUGGGCAUAUUAUGUUGUUUGAUGAAGAGAAUGGGUAUACUCCGGAGUAUAUUUAUGGGAAUUAUUUUGAGAGGUUGCAAGGGAAGGUAACGAUGCCUGGUGGGUUUAGUAAGGUAGAAACUAAAGAAGAAGAGGAAGAGGAAGAAGAAGAAGAAGAGGAGAAGGAAGAGGAGAAAACGGGAAAUUUGGGGCUUAGAGAGCUGAUCGAUGGUGGGGAUUCUGGUGGUGCUCGGAUUCUUCAUAGGAAUAUCAAUGCAGGUUCUCCGAGGAUUAUUUGAAAUAUAUCACAUGACGAAGGUGGUUUGGGCAUUCAAUGCGGAGGCUACAAUCAAGUACUGUAUCCCUCUGGACUCUUUGAGAUUGAAGCUCUUUGGUUGUCACUCCGCACACUACUCAGGCAUUUCCAGUGAUGUGUCCGGUGUUUCAAAGGUGUUCGAUUUUCCGAACUUCAGAUACAUAUUAUAACAUAUACAUGAAGUUUGAUUUCAUUUUGCCAGACGGUUUUUUUUUUUGCUUCAGUUCUUCACUUCUGUGCUGGAUAAAUUAUGUACAUCUACAUUUUCAAUGUGCUCAAGAGCUUUUGUGCUUGCUCUCUCUAUC